AUGACUUCUUGUCACGUUGCUGAAGACCCUAUAAAAAAGGUGGCUAUCUUUGGAGGAACUCAUGGGAAUGAACUAACAGGAAUAUUUCUAGUUAAGCACUGGCUGGAGAACAGCACUGAGAUUCAGAGAAGAGGGCUGGAGGUAAAACCAUUUAUUACCAACCCAAGAGCAGUGAAGAAGUGCACCAGAUAUAUUGACUGUGACCUGAAUCGAGUUUUUGACCCUGAAAAUCUUGGCAAAAAAAAGUCAGAGGAUUUGCCAUAUGAAGUGAGAAAGGCUCAAGAAAUAAAUCAUUUAUUUGGUCCAAUUGAUAGUGAAGAUUCCUAUGACAUUAUUUUUGACCUUCACAACACUACUUCUAACAUGGGGUGCACUCUUAUUCUUGAAGAUUCCAGGAAUGACUUUUUAAUUCAGAUGUUUCAUUAUAUUAAGAUGUCUUUGGCUCCAUUACCCUGCUAUGUUUACCUCAUUGAGCAUCCUUCUCUCAAAUAUGCAACCACUCGUUCUAUAGCCAAGUAUCCUGUUGGUAUAGAAGUUGGUCCCCAGCCUCAGGGGGUUCUGAGAGCUGAUAUUCUAGAUCAAAUGAGAAAAAUGAUUAAACAUGCUCUUGAUUUUAUACAUAAUUUCAAUGAAGGAAAAGAAUUUCCUCCCUGUGCUAUUGAAGUCUAUAAAAUAAUGGAGAAAGUUGAUUAUCCCAGGAAUGAAAGUGGAGAAAUUGCUGCUGUUAUCCACCCUAAACUGCAGGAUCAAGAUUGGAAACCCUUGCACCCUGAGGAUCCUGUGUUUUUAACUCUUGAUGGAAAGACCAUUUCAUUGGGCGGAGACCAAACCGUGUACCCAGUGUUUGUAAAUGAGGCCGCAUAUUAUGAGAAGAAAGAAGCUUUUGCAAAGACGACUAAACUAACACUCAAUGCAAAAAGUAUUCGCUCCUCUCUACAUUAG